CUGCUCAAACUUGUAUUUUUUGAGCUCACUCCUUCAGUUCAGUUCAGAGUUCAUACCAAACUUGGCUACACCCUUUGAUAUUUUAAGUCCCUGUGGUUGAGAAUGGCGCUCUCUCUUUCUUUUGCUCCUAUUUGUUCCUUGGAAUCCCCAAACAGACCUGGGACACUUAUCGGUUAUUCAGUUACCGGAAAGACUUUUAGGGUGAAGGAAGCGUGUCAGAGUUCUAGAGCUCCAAGCUUUCAGUCUUUGAAGGUUAAGGCUACAGAAGAUGACACUAAAAAAACAAAAUCUAGGAGCAUUGUUUGUUCUGAUUGUGAUGGAAAUGGCGCAAUAGCGUGCAGUCAAUGCAAAGGUACUGGAGUUAAUUCUGAAGAUCACUUCAACGGACAAUUUAAAGCCGGUGGAUUGUGUUGGCUAUGCAGAGGUAAAAAGGAUGUUUUGUGUGGAUCCUGUAAUGGGGCUGGCUUUCGUGGUGGAUUCAUGAGCACAUUUGAUGAUUAAAAGCUGGGCUAGAUUGAGUUAAAGAUUCCUAAUGGCUAUACUGAGAGAAAAAAAGUUGUAGGAAUCUGCGUGUUCCUUUGCUGGUCUUUUUGUAAUGUGUAUUCAAUAAUGUAUUCUGCAGUUGUACCAAUACGAUUUUGUCUUAAUUCUUAAUUUUUCCAUGGUUGAGUU